UGCUCAUGCGCAGUCGACUAGCUAGUUCCUCGGUAAUCGCGCAAAUAGCUAGCUCGUCGCUUAUCACUUCUCGCGCUCCAAUUGAGCUAUAACCGCUUUUCCUGACACUAAGCAGUAAUUUUUAACUUCGGUUUCUAUUCACUGGGAUUAUCGUCACAGAAACGUGAAGGAAUAUGCCCAAAAAUAAAGGUAAGGGAGGUAAGAAUCGGCGGCGUGGAAAGAAUGAGAACGAAUCCGAGAAAAGAGAAUUGGUGUUUAAAGAGGACGGACAGGAAUAUGCACAGGUGCUGAAAAUGUUGGGGAAUGGACGUCUGGAGGCAUUGUGCUUCGACGGCUCUAAGCGGCUCUGCCACAUCCGAGGAAAGCUCCGGAAAAAGGUGUGGAUAAACGCGUCGGAUAUUAUCCUGGUCGGGCUGAGAGAUUACCAGGACAACAAGGCCGACGUUAUCCUCAAGUACAACGCGGACGAAGCGCGCAGCCUGAAGGCGUACGGCGAGCUGCCGGAACACGCCAAAAUCAACGAGACAGACACUUUCGGUAACGGUGAUGAGGACGAGAUCCUGUUUGACGACAUUGGAGACGACGAUGAAGAUAUUGAUGAAAUCUGAAGACCCGCCACACGUCCAGACGCACGUUUAUCCAACGGGGGAUAUUUUGAGCCGACGUUUUCUAGAACCCCAUAUCUACAUUUUCAGUCUUGUUUCCAUUUCCAUACGUAGACGUGUCUGUUGAAUGUGACCACGCGCUCGCGAAAUAUCGAGGGGAAAAAAAGAACAAGUGUUCCCGCAAAAAAAGUUGAAUCAACGUUUAGAUUUUUUUCCCCCGUGUUCCAGCGGAGGCACGUGCGACUGCAGAAACAUUUAAGUCCUUUUAAAAAAGUGUAUUUAUAUUGAUUUCACGUCAGGUGGAAUUUGAGAACUUCAGAAUCUUUGGAUUCUCCAAUAAACACAUGAACCAUUUGUUUUAUUUUCCCAUUUGUCUUCACGUAGUGUCCGAUCAUCAUCAUGGGAGUUGAUUUCGUUUAUCUCUAGUAGACGUCCAAUCCAUUUGAAGAGGGAGGGUGGCAGCAUUCGCUGCCACCCUCACACUUCAAAUGCAUUGGACGUCUAUGCAAGUCAAUGACAGCCAUGUUUUUUUUUUUUUUUUUUU